UAGAAAAAAUCUGUAAAUUCACUGAACCUUCCUCUCUUUCCUGUUUCUUCUCUGAUUCUACAGUCCAACAGCAAAUAUUUAUUUAUUUUUAUUUGCUACUUGUGUUCUUCAUUUUUAUAUCCUUUACCAGUUUAUCAUAUCAAACCACACCCACUUUCUUUCUUCUUCUGUACUUUCCUUACAAAGAGAGGUUUCUCUAGCCCAGUUUUAAGUUUCGACCGUUAAACCUUCAUCAUCAUCUUCUUCUCGCUGAAGUAGUCUGGCUAGUUCCACCAUUGGAGAUCUUCAAGAAAGCUACAUUGUAAACAUUUUUAGAUGAUCCGUGAAAUCCCCAGUCUACAAAACGACACCGUAAGCAUUCAAGAUCAUACUCAGAGCCACAUCAAGAACAGAAACACCAUGGACAUGAGAAGAGAUAACCGAAAAGACAUGACCUUUCGUGGACCAACUCAAGCUCCUCAGAUGAUGAGUAAGCAAGAAUAUUUUCAGGCAUUGUCGUCUCAGAACAGUACGAGGAGGCUAAUAACUAAAUCGAGUUACUUUAGUUUGGAGUCAAUGGUUGUCCUUGUUGGUCUCACAGCAUCGCUCUUGUUCCUUCCCUUGAUUCUUCCACCGUUGCCUCCUCCUCCUUCCAUGCUGCUUCUGAUUCCUAUUGUGAUUAUGGUCUUGCUUAUGGUUCUUGCUUUAAUGCCUUCUUCUAAUGCCAAACAUGUAACAACUACUAAUUACAUGUAACGCUCAAAAGUUUUGUUGUUUUGUCUUAUUGUUGAUUUGUCAUUACCAAAAGGUUUCAGGUUAAUAGAUUUGGUAUGUUUAUUAUCAUUUGUUAAAACAUGUUGUAUGAUGUAUAGUAGUACUAUAUAAUGAUUAUUUUUUAUAUA